UACAACUGAAAACAAACGUAUGAUAAGGAGAAAACAAACGGAUUGAAGUUUCAUUUAAAACGUCCGUAGUGAGCAGCCUAAAUUAAUCAGAAAACACCAAAGUAUCCGAAGGAUAAAUCGUGCGUAAAACUGUGAAAUAUACCGAUUAUAAACUUUUUUUUCUUUGCUAAUAACGAUGGCAGAUGAACUAUGCCAUGAGGACAUUAUCGAAGAUACAGUUAAUAAUGGUCUUCAGGCUAUGGUGUUGGCUCUGGGAUACAGGGUCGGUAUUAUUGACGCGAUGCAACGCCUAAAUACUCCCUGUACAGCAGCAGAAAUCAGUGAAGAGGCACAACUAAAUCUCAGAUACGUAGAGGAAUGGCUUAUAUGUAUGUCUUCAAAACGCAUCGUACAUUAUGAAGAUGGCAGAUACAAAAUACCGUGUUCGAAAAGAGUUCAGAAAGCUGUACAUACGUCUGCUGUCUUACCAAUUUUUGCAAGCUGUUUCACAAACCUCGAAAAUGUGAUGAAGAAUAAAAACACUAAUACUGAACAAUCGAGUCAAGGAAGGUCGUUGAGUAGAAGUGUGAUAAAGAUAACCAUGUUUCGCACGUUGGCGUUAUUCUAUCUUGUUGUGACUGCUCUUGGGGGAACAUGCAACAAGCCAUGGGUGAAUCAUGCAGACUCCUGUUACCUCUUUGUCACACAUCUUCAAGAAAACUGGAGUGAAGCCACGUCAAUGUGUACCGAACUUGGUGGUUUUCUGGUAGAGAUUGAAACUGCACAAGAAGAUAAUUUUCUAAAGAAUUACGCUAUACAUCAGCUGCAGAUUCAACCAGGUGGUGCGUUUGGAAAUGGGAGCUUUUGGAUUGGAGGAACUGAUAUGCUUGUAGAAGGCAAUUGGUUCUGGCUCUCGACGAAACAGCCAUUUGCUUAUACUGAUUGGUAUGCAACCAGUCAUGAACCAAAUGGAGGGAUAAGGGAAAAUUGCGCGCAUCUUGGAUCACAUGUUCAUUUUCAUUGGAAUGAUGCAGACUGUCACAUGCUGUAUAAUUUUAUUUGUGAAUCAGAAUCCAUUGGUGGACCAAGCGUCGUAGGAUAAAGUCAAUCCAGUGAAAUCAAUGAAAAGAAGGAAGAUCUUCUCUACCUACAAGAAUAUUCCAAAUGAGCUUAAAUAUAAACUCUUAGCUCCGGUGAUGAGUUUUUUUUUUUUUUUUUCAAAUAUCUAUUUUAUGUAAUAAAACUACAAACAGAGUAUUACAAGCAAAUACCCGGAAUUUCUUUUUGGUAGGAAUACUUCAUUUACGUGGCUAUGGAGCUAAGAAGAAUAAAAAUCAACGAAAGCGUAAAACCUUUAACAUGCAUUCAAAUGUAUAAGUGUUGAGACUGUGUGCAAGAAUUACAUGUCUGACAUCUCUAUAUCAUACUCUGUCCUACAAUUUGAUGAUUCUUAAAAUGGGAUGUUUUCUGAACUUUUCAACACCAUCGAUAGCAAGUGAUAUAAUUCAAGGAAUUUCAGGGUGUUUGAAAAUGAAGAAAAGUGGAAAAAAAAAUUCAAAAUACCAUACACUGAUAUUUCAUUGUGAAUUUUUAUUUGCAGGUUGGUGUAUACUUGUUCUUUGAAAUAAAAGACUUUUUUGUAUG